AUGCCAUGCUUAUGCAGGUUUUUCCGGGCGGCUGUUCUGGCCGAGCUGCGGCGCGAUGGUAGGAAAUGGGAGUGGGCGAAGCUGUCCAAAGAAGAGGUGCAGGAGAGGCUCGCCGACUGCAAUCAACCCCUUCGAGAUAAAGUGCCCGCCACCGUCCGGGACGGGGACGCUGGCUCCGGUCUGCUAGCAAUGAGCGCGUUGCUCUGGGCUGUGAGGCGGAUGGAUCUCCUGACCAGCGCCCUCAGUCGCAGUGUCACCAGCAUGGACAAGGUCUACGUUUCGGGGUUUAAGGGGCUGCGGACUGAGAUGGUAGCCUACAUCAAGAAGCAAGUGGCGCGCAAACAGGCAGGCCAGGUCGGAGUUGCUGCCGACGCCUGUGACGACGAUGGCGAGGAGAUCCAUUUGGCAUUCCAAGCAGUCAGUGUCGCCCCCACUGUUGCUGAUGCGCGUGGGACCUCGAUCGGAAAGCCGGGAGGCGGCGUCGACGAGGAUGAUGCGGAGGCAGGAAAUGGAGUGACUGGGAUCGAGGAGAAGCACCAGGACGAGGUUGUUCAUGAGGAUGAUGAUCGGGUCCAGGAUCGUGAGGAGGGUCGUGAGGAGGGUUGUGAGGAGUCGGAGUCGGAGUCGGAGUCGGAAGGGGAGGAGGAGGAAGAGGAGCAGGAGAAGCAGGAGGAGGAGGAGGAGCAUAAGAAGCAGGAGCAGGAGAAGCAACUAGAGGGGGAGCAGGAGGAAGAGGUGGAGUGGGAGGUGGAAGAACAGGAGGAAGAACUGGAGGUGGAGUAUGAAGCUGAUGGAGCGGCGAAAACAGGUGGGAGAUCGGCGGACGUCGAGAACAAGGAAGGGGAGGGGAAGGGUGCGAUGUCAGCGGAUCUCGAAAAGGAGAAAGAGGAGGUUGGCGUGGAGGCGGCUCACGGGGCGAGUGGGAAGGUCGUGGUCGGCGAUGGGAAGGAAGUUGUAGACCUCGAGGCCGUUGGAGAAGGGGAUAAUGCCGCGGCCACGAAGCAGACGGGCGUGGAAGUGCCUCACGGGGGGGAGCGGUCUAGGAAGAAGAAGGCGGCGAGCGGCCACUCCGGUUCCACCGCAGCUGGUCGGCAGGCGCGGCUAGACGUCGUCGAGCAGCUGCGAGUGGAGAACAGGCGAUUGCGGGCCGACAAUGCACGACUGGAACGGCGGCUCGGUGAACAGUCGGGACGGGUCGUCAGCUUGGCGUCGGCGUUAGCUGGGGUCCUCGACAAGCUCAAGGCUUUUACCGCCCAGGUAGCCGAUAGCGACCUAAACUCGGCGAAGCGCCUCAAAGACGCCACGUCGACCAUGGCGACCACCAUCACCGACAACCUCACCGACAACAUGGCCAGCGCAGUUGAAGCUGGCAAGUCCUUUGCCGAACUUGCGGCCAAGAUGCUGCGGGAUCUUUACGACCCCAACGGAAGAAUGGCGGUCGAACGCGCAACCGCGGUGAACGCAUUGGCCGAUCAAGUGACGAAUGAGGUGGGUGAGGCGAGGAAGGGUUUGGAGGAGACAGUCUUUAAAUACAUCGGCGCUGCGCAGACCAAUAUUGCAGCCGCCAUCACUCCCCGCCUCAUCGUGCAGCAGCCGUCGCCGCCUAUCGCCCUAGCGCAGGCCUUGCCGGAAGAGCUAAUGAAGACCUUCAAGGAGGAUGUGCUGAAGGCGGUGACAGAGGCGACGCAACAGUCAUUUCUCGCCUCCGGAUUGAAGAUAAUGACUGAAGUGGUCGGCACGGUGGCGCCUGCUCGGCGUGGGUCGUCGCCGUCGGCGAACGAUGCCGGCCAAGCGCAUCCAAAGGAGGCCCAGAAGCAGGGUCAGAAGAGAGGGGGCGGCGGAGGCGGGGGAGACGGAGAAGACGCCACGAGCGUGAAGCGUAGCAAGGGAGCUGGUGGGUCCCGCGUCGCCGGCGAAGGCAGCAAGGGAGCUGGGGACACUGGAGCUGGAGACACUCGCUUUGAAGCCCCCAUCGUCGCCGUGCCAUCUGCCAGUGUGCCACGUGUAGCGCCGGCCAUCGCCGCUCGUACUCCUGCAAACCCAAAGUCUGCUUUGCUGCGCGCCCAGUUGGGCAUGCGAGGGUCGAAUGCGCCAACUCAGCAGGCAGCUAGCUCUAGCGCGACGCCGACAUCGAGGAAUGUCGCAGCACCCACUCCCGUGGCGGCUGAUGUCGAGAAAGUGGCGGAGAAGGGUGUGCGUGCCGCGCUUGCUACAGGCGGCGGCCCUGUUGAGGAGGUCGCCCUCGACACGGAUAUCGCUGUCAUACAGGCCCACCUGGAUGCGGCCAAACCCCGAACACUGGCCAUAUCGGGCACAGCACAUAAGUCGGAGGUGAAGGCGGCGGAUAAAGGUGGAGGCGGGAAGGUGAUGUCGUUGGAAAGAGAAAGCGGGAGAGAAUUAGGAGAAGUCGAGGGUACGUCGACAGGGAGAAAGGGGAAGGAGAAGUCGGUCGGCGAGGCUACGUUGACGGGGAGAAAGGGGAAGGAGAAGGCGGUGGAGAAGAGGAAGGAGAAGGAGGAGGAGGAGGAGGAGGAGGAGGAGGAGGAGGAGGAGGAGGAGGAGGAGGAGGAGGAGGAGGAGGAGGAGGAGGAGGAGCAGGUGGAGGAGGAGGAGGACGAGGAGGAGGAGGAGGUGGAGGAGGAGGAGGAGGAGGAGGACGAGGAGGAGGAGGAGGAGGAGGAGGAGGAGGAGGAGGAGGAGGAGGAGGAGGAGGAGGAGGAGGAGGAGGAGGAGGAGGAGGAGGAGGAGGGGAAGGACAAGGCGAAAGCGAGGAGAGGUCAUGGCAUCCGCCACGACAGCUCGGGCGACAGGCAAGGGUGGGUCGGCGAGAUUAAGGUGCACGGCAUUGAUCGGUACAUCAACAAGUCGCGCGAGAAGAUGCAGCUCGCGUAUGUGCACUCCAUCGCGUACGUCGUCUACGACGGUUUCGUGAGCAAGGUGCUCAUGGAUGAGCUCACCAGCUUGGACACUGCCGAGUUGGAGAGGUGGAGGAAGGUGUGGGAGGAGGUCAAGAUCUUGCCGACAGGGAUGUGGACGGUGAUGUGGGCCCGGGGCGAUGCGCUCCACGACGCGCUCUGGCCGGCGAUGUGGUUCCCCGUCGAGGGGGUGCCAGAGGAGAAGAUGUUGGCGAUGAUGUCGGCCAUCAUAGGUCGCGUGUCCAUGUGCGUUGCGUAUGGGAAGACCGCUGCGAGCGCGUCGAAGAAGGAGGGAGACACGGAGGAGAAUACGGCGAUGGUGGCAUGGGCGUUAGUGGCAUCCGCAUGCGCCGUCUGGUGUUUCGUCGAGAACGACGACGCCCAGGUGGUCGAUGCUGUGGAAGAAGGGAAGGCGGCGGCGCUUAUAGCCGGUGCGAGCGAGAAGACCGCCAAAGUAUUCGAAACUGUUAUGGCGGCGGUGCUGAACGCCGAGAUCGCCCAGGACCGCCCCCUAGGGGAGGUCGCCUUCAACGUCGCGCCAGUGUUGCAAAGUCUCGCCCUACAGAGGGUCUAUCCGGGGGGGAAUGCUGGAGUUGAUGCCGAGGUGGUCGCUAGAGUGGCGGUGGAGACCAUGGCGUUCUGGGGAAUGUGCCUCGUCACCGGCCCGAAACUCAAAAAGAGGAGUAUCGCGGUGCCGUGUGACACGCAGAUGAAGGCCGAUCUUGACAACAGGGGGAGGAAGGGUCAGAGGGGGAAGCAGGGGACGAAGGGGAAGAAGGGCAAGGACAGCACGGGGAAGAAGGGGAGGAAGGGCAAGGACAGCACGGCAGCGUAG